UUAACCUUUCAGUGUGCUCAGGCAGUAUGCUCCUCCCAUUCAUAUCACCGCGACCUGAGGAGAGGCGCACUACUUGCCGCGACCUCAGCCUCAAGUGGAAAACCCAUAAAGAUAAUCAGAGGUAUUUAAAUCCUGAAACCGGGAUAUGCACCAGGCUUCAAGUUCAGGCUAUGCACCCCGUUCCAAACACAAAUCAGGUCAACAUUUCCGACAGCGUUCGGUGGGCACCGAAACUCGCCGUCUUGCUCUUCUGUGCCCCACCUUCCACCAUUUCACAAAUCAUUCUCUGGCCUCUGAGGUUCAUUCUGUGUUCCCUCUUUCUGCUCUCUUGGCCACUCGAUGGUCUACCAGGCGGAGGGAGUUACACGGAUAUAUACCCCGCAUAUCUGAUGAGCUACUGGGGGCAAUUGUGGGCUGCCCGAUCGCGUAGGGAAUAUUCUAUUUUCGAUAAGAUGGUCGAAAAGAGUCCGAUGCCCACCCCUGCCGAUUUUUCUGCCAUUUACCUUUGUGAUAACCCGGAUAUUGUUAUCAACUAUCGCUACGUUGCCAUCUCGUAUCGACAGAGCGAUGUCUUUCAGCGAGGCUUCGAUGAUGAAGGAAAGAAGAGGGAAGAGGAGCAGAAGAAGCAGUUCAUCGAGUCGGUCCGUUCCACGACGUUGCAGUGCGGAUUGCAGGUGUAUUGGCUGGAUCUCGAAUGUUUGGGCGAGACCACAGAAGACAAGAACAUUGACCUCUAUCGGAUGUCAGAUAUUUACCACGGAGCGAUCUUCACUCUUAUUACCCUUCGCAAGUCGGACGAUCAGCACAGCAUUGAGAGCUGGAGGAGCUGGGGUGGUCGUGUGUGGACCUUCCCAGAAGCGUUGCUGAGCGGGGAACUUCGUUACCGGAUUGGGUUGGACGGACCUGUUACACCCAUCACUCUUCACGAGCUCGCUAACAAGGCCUACGAGUACUACAGCGAGGAGAUUGCGAUCAUCAAUGCUUAUGGCGGAAAGGAUCGUCUAGACCGAUUGGAACAUCUUACUCGUCUUAAAGCUGCGAUUUGGCGUCGAGGCAGUGCAGCUCUGCCCAAAGCUCGGGACCCAGAAAAGCAGCGCCCGCAAACUGCGCAGCAGCCCCAGCUCCAGCAAACGGGGUCACCAAACCUUUCCUAUCCUGCCGAGAGAGUUUAUGCUUUAAUGGGCUUCUUCGAACAUCGCAUCAUGCCAAGUAUCCUUGAAACGGAGCUACAGGCCCUAGCCCAGCUUUCGAUGGCCAACGAUAGCAAUCGUAUGGCGGAGCGGAUGGUUUCGAUGCUUCCGCAGGACAUCCAACCUCAAGCUUGUUGGUACGCCAACGACGAUCAGUAUGAAUCGGAACUUUGGGACAUCGAACCAGAGGUUAAUGUUGCCGGAGCAACUGAGAGGGGUGCAUUAGUUCUCGAUGGUUGUCGAGCAACAUGCAUCUGCUGGGAGGACUUUCCAGAGAUUUCAUUCCGGAGGACAGAGUCGAUAAGGCGAACUAUUGCCGGCAGAAUACCAGUCACUCUUCCAGGCUGGUGCUUUAUGCAGCAAUUUGGUACCGCCUUCUUUACAUGUGCAGCAUUCAUGCUGGUCUCUGGUCCUUUCCUGACCGCGUACUCCAUUUCUGGUCGCAUUCUCGCCACACAACCUUGGCUUAUCGGAAUCAAAGGCGUGAUGUCACCCGAAGAGGCUGCAGCCCACAUUUAUGGUGCAAUGUUGUCUAAGCGCCAACGCCUAUUCUUUACCCCCAGCGGACUUGGAAGUCAAUAUGACGAAGCUUUAGCGCAGACCGGGGACGACAUUUACACACUAAUCGACACGUUCUCGGGGACAAUCUAUUAUUUCACUGCGAAAUGUCCCCCCACAGUAUGCCUUUUCACUGGACGUGAGGGCGGACUGGGUCGCUUUGUACUCUUUCUUCGCAAAGAGGUGGUACUACGCAUGCCUUCCCACAUUCACCGAGUCAUGAUUCCCUGUGAUUGGGUUGCUAUUGGUGGCACGAGAGAAUGA